AUGUUUGCACCUACUCAACAAUACAGCAUUGCUCUUAGGAGAAGACCAUUGCAUGCCGCCUUCCUAUCGUCUGCCUCGCGCGCUGGAUUUCGGCAACAUGGCAGCUUCCCUCCCAUGAGUACAUUGGAAAGAUCCAUCCAUCUGUCUACGAGGCGGCCUUUGUUGAAUAAUCAGCUCUUAGACGCAGACACGACACCUACACACCUAGCACUCGAACGUAAGACACCAUCAUCGACAAUAAUAUCCUCCUCGCCUAUCCUUCUUCCGCCCUCGCUAUGGCUAAUGUCCGUCCUUGCACACGCUACCAAUCCACUUCUCAACCCAGACAAGAACCCGCUCCUGCGUUUCUUCCUAAAGAAAACAGUUUACGCACAGUUCUGCGCCGGAGAAACUCCAGCCGAAGUUGGUCGAACCAUCAAGGGUCUCAAAGAUAUUGGGUUCUCGGGUGUCAUACUGGGAUACGCAAAGGAGGUUGCCUUGACCAACGCUCAGAAAAAGGAAUUGGGUGCUUGUAGCCAAGGCAAGAUUGCGGAAGAGUGCAUUCGCAAUGAGAUUAUUCCUUGGGCCACAGGUACCUUGAAGACAGUACGGCUGGCAGAACCAGGAGACUUUGUUGCUCUCAAAUUUACUGGUGCCGGUCGUCAAGCACUAGAUUCUCUCGCAGAACGUUUGCCACGUUCUGCCGCCCUGACCGACGCCAUCAACUCCGUCUGCUCUCUCGCUUCCGAGCGUGGUGUUCGCCUCUUGUUCGACGCUGAGCAGGCCUCUCUGCAGCCUGUUAUCGACGAUUGGACCAUGGAGUACAUGCGAAAGUACAAUACCGCCCCAAGGCAAGCACUUGUCUACGGGACGUAUCAGGCGUACCUAAAGUCAACCCCAGAGACGCUCUCAAGACAUCUUCGAGUCGCAAGAGAAGAAGGCUUCACCUUGGGCGUAAAGCUUGUGCGCGGUGCAUACAUUGGAACCGACCCGAGACAUCUCAUCCACGAAACGAAAGAAGGCACGGAUGCCUGCUACGAUAGCAUUGCCGAAAGUCUCCUCAAGAAACAAUGGGGAAAUGUUUUGCAGGGUGAUCUCCGAAUGCCAUCAAUCAGCUUGAUCAUUGCUUCCCACAAUGCUGAGUCCGUCAGGCGGGCUCGAAAAAUUUGUAUCGAUGGGGAAGCUUGUACUGAGGUAGUCUUUGCACAAUUGCAAGGCAUGGCGGACGAAGUUAGCUGCGAGCUGGUCUGUCCGACAGGUUCGGGCAAUAUGCGGGAACGGAAGAGAGCAGAGUCCCAGGCCAUCGAAGCGUACAAGUAUCUCGUUUGGGGGUCGACUGGAGAAUGCAUGAAGUAUCGCUUAAGAAGAGCGCAUGAAAAUCGGUAUGCGGUACAGCGAACACGAAGUGGACGCAAUGCGAUGUUCAGUGAAUUGGUGAGGAGAAUGAAGAGUAGUAUUGGGGUAUCCGUCUAA